AUGGCUAUAAUGCUGCUCUGCCUUCUACAGCUUGCUGCACCACUCUGUAGUUACUCGAUAACUAUACGUUUCUAUCUUUUUUGGUUAAACACUCCCUGAAGAUGAUAA